CCCAACAAGUAAAUUCAGAUUAAUUUACAGGAGUAUUUAGAGGUGUGAGUCACCGACUUUAUGUCCAUGGUGGAAAUAAAUUAGUGAUGAACGAAAACUCUUACUUUGCGCCAAGCUGACUGCAGUUCUUCAGUUGAGUGAAACACUGACUUGACAUGGCUCCCCUCAAAUUUGUCAUUAAGUGUGGGAACUUUGCUGUGCUAGUCGAUCUCCAUGUUCUGCCCCUGGGCGAUCAAGAGGACACCAGCUGGUUUACCAUGGAGCACACUGAGGAAGUUAAAACUGUGGUUCAAGAUGCCAUGGACAAGAGAGUUAAGCAGUACACAGAGUUCCUCCAAAACAGAAGACAGCCCAAACAGAAGAAGGAACUGCCACCUGCUCCUGCAUUUUAUGUCAAAGGAAAAAAAUUCAACCUAGUGGCCAACUUUCUGAAGCGGCACACCACUCUCAGAUGUGUUGCGAAACAGCAUUAUCGGGAGUUGCGUGUCUUUCCUGAACGCUAUGUUGUGUGCGUAAGAUGUCCUGAGGAUGCCUCAGCGCACCAUGGAAACCCGAGCCUGGCCACAACUGAACUGAGUGAACAAAGCCGAUCGGAAUAUUUUUCCAGAGUGGGAGAAACCCAAGAGCCUUCACACAGCCCCACAAAAACAAAGAAGACUGCACUUCAAAAGAUAGCCCAACAAGCUUGUGUCCAGCGAGACCACUCUACUUCCAGUUUAGGAGAGCAAAGAGCCACUUUGAACAACCAGAACGGGCAACUAAAACCAGGAGAGUCACAGGCUAGCCUGAAGAAGGUGAUUUCCUGCCCCCUUUCGCUGUGUCAAACUUGCCCCAGUGCCUCAACUGAGCCUGUUUGGAGUCGUGGAAAGCAGGACCCGGUUCAGGACCAGCAGACUGGGAAUAAUCUUCCAGACAGCAUUAAUGCGGGUGAGGCAUCUGGUGUUCUCUGUCAAACUCAAAUCAGUCAGGAAAGCAGCAAGAACAAGAGGUGUAAGCUGAGCGACGCAGGGGGAGAUCCUCACAUGCACAAGACCAAGAGGACGUGCCUUGGAAGCCCUCCAGUCGCAAUGCAAACACACGCCAUCGAAUGCUCCUCACAAACAUCCAAGUAUGACCUUCCUCUGCCGCCCCUUCCUCCAGUCAAAGCCAAGGCAGAGUCCAAGGCUUUCCCAGUCUCUGAGUGCAAGAAAACCACACUGGAAGUAGAGCUGCUUACUCCAGGGAAACGGGCCCAGAGGCUCCCCCUCACAAGCAAUAACACGGCACAGACAAACCAAAACAGGCUGGCCGCAAGUCUGAGGGGCCUAUCUGUCAAGCCUGCAUCCUCAGGCUCCUCUAUUAGUUCCAGAUCCACAGGCGGGGAGGGGAGAGAAAUUGUGCCCAGAAUGUCCAGAUUACGACGACAGAAGAGGUCCUGAGGGGGAAGAGACGAGCUACAGUAAAGAUGCCUGACGCCACAGCGAUAUAGAGAUGAUACUGCGUCAGGCGUGAUGUUUUCCUCCCCAGUCUCCUCAGAUGACUUACACAAAUGUUUUACUACCCUAUCUGUUCGUACAGUACACACCACACACACACACACCUAAUGCAUGUUAUGACAGCAUGUUAUGAGUGCUGGGCCAAAUGAUCAACCCUUAUGUCGCAGUGGGUGAGAACUUCACACAAACGAAAAGUCAAAACCUUUAACUGGAGUUUAGAUUUGGGUUUGUGUUAGAGAUUGGGAAUUUCAGACAGGCAGGAGCCAUGCAGUACGUCAUGGCUUUUAGUAUGAAAUACUGGCUCCUACGUGUCUGAAACUAUUUCCCUGCUGAAGUUCAAGACUGAUUGAUGGCCAUUUCCAGAUUUAUUUCAUCAGUUAAAUUUUUUUUUUUUUUUGAGAAUUCAUUAAUGUGCAACCUUCUCAGUAUUUAACGUCCUGGAUCUGUACAUGUGGUGACAAUGAAAACUUUAAUGGUUUGAUCUGGUGAUGGUUGGCUGUAGUGUUACCGGUUAAAAUAUAGAUGGUGGGGUUUAACCCAGCAUUUAGUCAGGGUCCAGAGUCACCACAGGGGUGUGGUUAUCCAUGUUGUCCCAGACCAUUUAGAGCGCUGUUGGGUAGCAGCAUGCCUCAAAACUGGCAUUUAAAGCCCACUUAAUGACAGUGUUGCCUGUUUGUAUUAUUUUGAUUGAUCAUUUUAUGGUUUAAAUAAAUGAUUUUUUUUAUUAUUAUCUGCGGGAAAUCGGAUUUAUUUUUGGGUGGAUUCUUUUUUGUGUGUUAGUUUCCCCAUUUGUAAUGAUGCAUAACUGGAGACGGGAUGACUCAUCGCUAACAGGGCCUGUUGAUCCAAUUUGGUUCUUAUCAGAGCACUGACAAUACAGUGGAUUAGUGAAAAUGACCCCGGUGUUUUUAAGGCCUAAUAUGUUUAAGUCUUUCUCACAUGGUGUUGUUAAUCCCUUGCUUUUAAUCCCUUUAAACUGAUUCUACAGAAGACUACAGUUAAAUUGUAGUCCACGUAGUCCUCUCUGACCUACUGCUUUGAAAGGUUUUUGCAGAGAGAGAUAACGACAAGGGUAAAUGUGUAACGCAAGAGUACUUUUUUAAAGUCUUGGCUUGUUACAUCAUAAUUAUCUGUAA